CGUUCUCAGACGAUUGGUUGUCAUAAUGCUUGCGGUUUUCUGUCUGCUGCUGCUGCUUGCCCUAGGUCACUGCCAGGACAAUGAUCUUCCAUCGGGAUACGAGAUCGAGAGUUCGAUCAACCGUACGAUCGAGGAAGUCGAACGACAGGUUCGCGAGAACCCGAAGUUGCCCCGUUUAACCAGGCAAGAAAUAGUCGGUAUCCUUCAAAACAUCACGUCGCAAGACCUGAACGCGUACAAGGACAAGGAAAAGCUAGAAAAGGCUAGGAGGUUGUACCAAAGGGCACUGAUGGUCGUUCUUCCCUACAACGCUGAAGAAUCCCCAGGGAAUUUGAACGAUUUGUACACGAAGCCACCGAUGACUCAAAUCAUACCUGAUCACUUGAAAUCAACGAAUAACAUCGAAGACAAUGAAGUGAAGAAUUUCGAAACUUCCGAGCCUUCAGCUAUGGAGAACCUUGUAUCGACUAAAAAUUUCUAUAAACCAACAACGAAGGACAUUCAGUCCACAACGACGAAGAAUAAAUACAAAAAUCAUAGAGAUACUUAUUCCGAGGUGCAAGAUAAGCUUCCUUUAAAGGAGACUCUGAAACUGGAGUCUACACCUGUCAGGUUCUCCUUCAACCUGGAGAACCUUCAGAAGAAUUCCUAUACCACAGAGAAGACAACGACGAUGAGGUAUCCAGUGUACAGAGGCAACGGAGAGAAGAAAUCAGGUAUAGAAGUUGUGUACAGCACCAGUGUCACUGAAGAACCCUUCACGAAAUCAGUUCCCAAAGAGAUCAUCGUCGAUCUGGAUCGAUCGAAGGCUACUCAGAACGUACUGACCUCCAGCCAAUGGCGUUACAACGCACCCCCGAGUACCUUAGAGCCAACUUUGCCUUCCAACGUCGAGAAGCUUCCAUUUCUUCCGACCGUGAACGCGGAACCUGAAGAGCCGAUCGUGUCCUCUACUAAGAGAUCAGAGAUUCUUCCAAACGACCGAAGCACAGCAGAGCCUUUGAUUAUGAGGACCGAAGGGCCGACCACCCUUUACGUGACACCCAUGUCGACGGAAACAUCUCCAAAGGUGAAGUACAGCUCCACCUACUCGUUGAACUCUGCAGGAUUUCGCACAGCUACGACUAGUUCGACGUCUAUGAGGCCGGAGGUGAUGGACCUGUUGGAAUCGAUCGGUCUCAGGCCGGAUAACGACAGCAACGUGGAGGAUAUUUAUAAAAAGAACAAGGACAUGCUGGAGAGGAAUCCUGAGUUGAACAAUAUCGUCCAGACGACGAUUUCAGGUCUGAGUCCAGUUGGAGCCGACACUCCAUCGAUCCUCGAUCAGAAUACCUUCGAAAGUUCAGGGUCUGUGAUUAAAAAGGGGAUGGAGAACUUAACGCCGGAGGUGCGGUUGUUGUUCCAGAGGUUCGGUCUUCAGACGUCGAAUCUGGACCAGCCUAGCACUACUACUACUCAGAGGAUCGCUGUUAAUUCGAAUUCUUACACGAAUUUCAAGCCUCUGCCUACGUCCAGCGUGAAGGAUCAGGGGAUGAAGGAGUUCCUGGCCAAGUUUGGCCUGGGUGUCGAGAACAGAAGACAGAAGUCGAUGGAGCCUGUGACCAAGGCUCCAUCUCUGAUCGAAGCUGUGCCUGAUAGCAUGAGAAACGUUCUGGAGAACAUGGGCUUGAUUUCGAGUAGUCAGAAGAAAAUGAGGAAUCCUCAGAAAGUGGUCGAAGACAUGGAAUCGACGGAGACGUCUAUGUACCAUGUGUUCAAGCCUCACGAGGUGAAGGUGGGGGAUGAAAAUCAGAGAAGUAAGAUCAACGAACUUUUAGAUACCGUGAAAUUGGUCCAGCAAGGAAAAGUUGACAUUCAGAAUGUCAGGAAGGUGGCUAAUGAUCUGAUAGAGUCAACGAAGACCCUGAAGGAGGGACCAGACCCUCUGAAACUCGAAGAGAUUAUCAGAAAUUACAGCAAGGAGUUGAGGAACGAGGUGAAGAGGCAAGAGGAACAGGAACAAGGAACCACCACUACGGAAGCAACGACCGUUUCAUCGAUGACUACGACUGAACCGGCAGAGACCACCUUAACAGCGUCGACCAGCGGAGAUUCCUCGAAAUCGGCGUCCGAUCAGUCAGCUGCGGACUCGAGUACAUCAGCUUCCGAGGAUUCUUCGUCGUCCACCAGCAGCUCGAAUCUAAUGGCUCUGGAGGAAUCCUUCGGAGGAACGACUCGCGAACCCGAUCCCGUUCUUCCACCAAAACGAAAAACUGGUCUCUAUUUCCUAGUGGACUGGAACACGUUCCUGGAAGUCGGCGAGGAUGAGAAGGAGAAGAUCAAUCUGAGAUUUCAACCGAAAGUUGGCGACAGAACGAGAUUCUUACCCGUCACAGUGCCUUAAACUUAAUUGCUAAGUGUCUGUUAAUUACUAAAAAGGGUGUAGCAGGAUAAAAUGGUGAAAAUUAAAAAUUUCAUGUCUUACUCUGUCCAAUGCAGAAUUAUUAAAAAUCACAUAAUACACUGAAUCUAUAGGACUUGCAAAAAUUUAAAAUAUUUUUCAAGAAAUAUGUCGAAAAUCUGCCCUGUCGAAAAAUUUGA